AUGACGGAAGAACCUCGCCGGCAAAAGCUCAUCUCCCAAAAAGACCAUCGUCGCCGCAUCCUCAUGACGUCGAAGUCAAUAGGCCCCUUUGCUCAGGCGUGGUACAAGUGGAAGGCCCUGCGCCUCCCUUGGCGGCGGCGCUUUCUCAUUGCUGAGAACAAACCCGCCCAACUCACAUUCUUACUUCUUCUCCCAGGCUUUGAUCUCAAAGGCAACACCUUCUGGGAGUUCCGCAACACCCGCGGGACCAAGGAAUCCGGCGAGCGCUGGCGCCGCAUCGUCUCCUAUCCCCGAUCAACGCACUACUCCGAGGUCAAGGUCAGCCCGCAAUGGCACCAGUGGCUGCGGCACACACGGCGAGAUCCCCCGACGCUGCAAGAGCAGCACGAGGAGGUGGCGCGCCAGGAGAGGAUGAAGUACCUCGCCGCCGAGGCGGACGCGCGCUGGGAGGCCAAGCCUAGGGUCAUGGAGGCCCCGAGGGAACAGGAGAAGCUGCCGUUGGCCAAGGAGAGAGCGCCGGCAGACGAGGCGAGCGCGGCAUCUCCUCAGGCGAAGAAGACGGAAAAGGCAGAUGAAAAUGAUCCUUGGGCUAGGGCAAAAGCUCAGGGACCCGGCGAGAAAUGGCAACCUACGGCGUGGAACCCCGCGGCCACGAAGAGAAAUCGAUGA